AAACGGUGCGUAUCGGAAAGCGUCGACGUCGUUGCGAAACAAACGGUGGCGGUCAGAAAAGAAAAAUCGCAAGAAAAAAUUCGAAAAUUGCAGCGAGAAUGGGAGCGUCGAGUUCGACGGAGCAGAAGGUUUCGACGGAACAACGAGAGGUCGAAUCCCUAGCGGCUUCCAUGGGAGCUCUUCCUAUGCUACGGAAAUCUUUCUCCAGACUUGCCGAUCCUCAAACAAAUGCAGUUCCCAUCAGAACCCUACAGCAAUGCUUCUGCUUAACUUAUGAAAACCUAGUCUCUGAAGCACCGGAGAUACCCAAUUCCUUCCCUUUGUUGUUGGAUAAUCUGGGCUCGUCGAUCGCUGACCUAUUUUUCGUGCCCGAGGAAGGGGGAGUCAGUUGGGUUGAGUUUGUGAGAGGGUAUAAUAAGUGCUGUGGAAGGAUGUCAGCGACAAUGUCGCUUAAUACACUGCUCAGGGUGUAUGCUGCGACAGUGGCAAAAUCGGGUCUUCCUUUGAAACUGGAGUUUGAGUCUGAUGAUGCUGACUGUAAGAUAAAUGGGUCGGUCUUGGCCAACGACGUGCUUAUGCUUCUUUGGCUGUGUUGGACUAUGUCGUGGAAUGUUAGAAUGUUGAGAAUUUCCAAGGCAAAAGCAAAUUUAUGUCUGCCGGAGAUUAGUCAUCUGGUAUUAUCAGCUGUCACCUCGUGUGCUGAAGUUAGCAGUGGCUUGAAUGUGUGGCAUUGUGAUGUCUUAGGGUUGGACGUUCAACUUCCCGUGGGAAAGUUUCUGACAUGGGCCUUUAAAACAGUGCCGAGCCUCCCAGAUUGCUUUACACAAUUUGUCCAUGCAAGACUACAAAACUUUCUCAAUCCAGAGGAUGAAUGUGCUUCUUCAAUUACAUCAGUAGGAGAGAUUUCCUCAACUAAGGCAUGCCAUUCUAAUCUUUUAACCUGUGGAAGGGCAUGGGCAAUUUCCCUCACACUGAGAAGUACUAUAAGUGAAGAGAUCUCACGAGUAUGCUUUGCAAGCGAUGACGAUGCAACAGAUGAUAACCUUCUUUAUCAGUCAUCUCUUCACGGGAGAGGCUUGAACAGAUUCUGGUCUAAUAUUGAAGGAUACAGGGGUCCAUUGCUAAUGUUGGUUUCUGCAAGUACAGGAGAUGCUCAUGAGGGUAGUACCAAUGUUAGGAAAUGGAUCAUAGGUGCAAUCAUGCAGAAUGGUUUUGAAAAUAAGGAUCUGUUCUACGGAAGCUCAGGAAGCCUAUAUGCUAUAAGUCCAGUCUUCCAUGUGUUUUCAUCUACCGGGAAGGAAAAGAACUUUGUAUACAGUCACUUGCAUCCUACUGGUAAAAUAUAUGAGCCACGGAAAAAGCCCGUGGGAAUUGCUUUUGGAGGAACCAUGGGAAAUGAGAGAAUCUUUGUUGAUGAAGAUUUUUCUAGAGUUACCAUUCGCCAUCAUGCCACUGACAAAACCUACCAUCCUGGUUCCCUCUUCCCAGAUCAGGGGUUCCUACCUGUUGAAGCGUUGAUUUCAGAAGUGGAAGUUUCGGGACUCGGUGGGAGAGGGAAGAAGGAAUUGCAAAAUUCAUAUAAGAAGAGAGAAGAGCUUUUCACCGAGCAAAGACGAAAGGUUGACUUGAAAACAUUUGCAAGUUGGGAUGAUUCACCUGAGAAGAUGAUGAUGGACAUGGUCUCUGAUCCUAAUGCAGUUCGACGGGAAGAUCGCUAAAUUAAACUUUCAGGUUUAGGCAUAAUCCAAAUGCCUUAUUUUACUUUUGGCUGCUUAGGGUGCUAUCAAUAUUUAGAGGAGGUCAAUUAGGCAAAUGAUUUUCUUGAGUCUCGUACUGUUGCUCGGAAGCGGCCGGAAAGAAAAUUUGAAGGGUGAAACUAACCAAAGUGUUGUAGGUUUUAUAUUAUGCAAAUGUAUUCUACGGCUGCAAUUGCAUUGUAUUGUGCUUAUGUCCAUGGCCUUGUAGGGCUAAAUUGUCCAUAUCUAGUUUAGGAAGUAUGAGGACUGGAAACUUUCCUUUUGUUGUUGUGUGCAUAGUAAAAGUGUCCGAGUACUGUUUCUGUUUUUU